AUGGAACGCGGGCUCGCAGACUUCGGCCGAAGCCCAUUGCCCAAGCUCGUGCCGGUGAUAUCUGUCAGCUCGCUUAAGGAUUUCCCCGGAUUUUCAGGCUGCAGUCGCAACAUCGGGGCACCAAAUCUGUUGUUGUGGAGUCCGGGAGAGCUUUGCUCAGAAGCUUCUUGGGUACCAGAGCAUGGGAGUGUGCAGACAUCUCCCGCCCAGGAGGUUUGCCUACCAUACAACCAUGUGAGCCGUUCUCGCAAGGGUAACUUGAAGCCCCAGAAGCCCAACAGUUUUGCCCUAAUUACUCAUGAGCUCUUACCAGACAUCCGCCUGGCAUGGAAAGUGGGCCUUAGUUCUGUCGACGCAAACAAGGAACAUAUAAAUGUCCCAGCAGCACCAUUCGCCUUUCCUCGGGCCGAUCUAUUUGCCACCAUAGCAGAUGGGACUAAGCGGAUGAGCACACUCAGUACCUGGCUGCGUCUCCGACCGGGCCUGCUGGCCAUGCAAACGCCUUCGUACACUUCUGCCAGAAUGAGCCACCAGAUGUGGAGAGCAAUCCUCACCUAUGACUGGGUGGGCCAGUCGGACGUGAGGGAUAGGAUCAGAGGGAAGAUUACCGAUCGAAGGGAACUAGCGUUGAAAUUCCUGGAGGGAUGUUUGGGAGAAAUGUCUGUUGAGGCCCAUGGAAUCUUGGUGGAAGGCAAAUGGCGAGGCACACCCAUCAGAGAUGUCUCCAGGGAAGACGUCCACGAGAUACACUGGGAGCUAGCCGAGUUGGGGUUCAGACUGGAAUUUUUGUCUCUGGAUAGGCAUUUGAGGGACGUGAAUACAGAAUCAGCUAUACGGAAGCAUCUUGUCCAUUUAGGCCACUGCUUUCCCCUCGGACACCAUGAUCGCUGUUGGGUGGUACACCUAUCGGAGGCUCACCAUGGUAUCGGCAAACCCGGGUGGAUGCGUUGGGCUCCGUACUUAUGCUCCAUGCAUCGGGUUAUGAGCAAAUGGAGAGGUUGUCCUGCAUCCAUCUUGUUGGACAAGAGCAGAUACACGGAGGAAAUGGUGACAUCUUUGGAGCAAGACCUUGCCUCUUUUUACUGCAACAGUUUCUACGUAACUUUUGGCCAUGCACCCUGUUUGCCACGUGUGUUGACACACAUGUCCACGGAGGGGAACUAUCCUGAGUGUGCAAUGCCCCUCUCGACAGCUGGGGGCUACUACAAGGAUGUCACAGAGUGGGAGGCACCAUACUAA